CAUUGUGAAUCUUACAACGAACAAUUUUGUUUAUUUACCAAAUGUGGCGGGAUCAUUAGUUUCCGUUUUAUUUUUUGGAAAAAACAACGGUUGACGCUGCUCUCUGACUAUAUGAAUGUGAAAUCAGAGACACAUUAUCCAUUAAAACAGAUCAUUGGCCAGACAACCGAUAAGCUCGAAUUAUGGCUGAACGUCCAGAGGAUUUGAACCUGCCUAAUGCUGUAAUCACAAGAAUUAUUAAGGACGCGAUUCCCGAUGGAGUGAAUGUUUCCAAAGAAGCUCGACUAGCAAUCUCAAAAGCUGCCAGUGUGUUUGUGUUAUAUGCAACAUCAUGUUCAAACAACUUUGCUCUGAAGAGUAAGCGUAAAACUAUCACUGCCAAGGAUGUGCUGGAUGCACUUGAGGACAUGGAGUUUGACCAGUUUGUGGACCCACUCAAGGAGUGUUUAGAAGCCUACAAAAAGAACCAGCAAGGCAAGAAGGACCAGAAGAAGAAAGACAAGGAGGUUGCUAAUCAGAGCGCAGGGGGCGGAGACCAGGGGGAGGAUGAGGGCGUGGCCAUAAUGGAGGAGGAGUCAGAGGAGGAGGAGGGGGGCAGGGCUGGAGACGUGAACGGGGAUGGUGACGUGGUGGAGAUCUCGGACACAAGCGAAGAUGCAUGACGUUGAGAAAUAGAUUAGAUUAAGAUACUUUUACAAAUCUAUACAAAUCCAGAGUUCUCCCAGAAGCACCCGCAGCCAGCGAUUUUACUGGUUACUAACAAUCUUUGCGCCGGCUAUUUCCCCCAAAAGAUCAAUUCAAUUCAGCGCAAAAAACGCCUGUUUUAGUUCUGAGUCGCCUGCUACUUAAAAAAUAUUACUCGCUGCUCAAAAUUCUAUGGAGAACUCUGAAAAUCAUGUAUUAAUUUUCUAGAUCUGCUCAAUAAAUUGAAGAUUCAGACACUUGUGAAGAUCCAUGAUAUUUAGAAAUAGAUAUGAAGCUCUAUUCAGUAAGCAAGCAAUUCAGUAAGCAAUCUAUUUGGUAAGAAAGGUUAUUGACUUUUCACUUUUCCAGUCUGUGAAUUAGAUUAAUAUGGAGAUCAAAUUUGUGAACAAUUUACCGGAUGUGUUUAAAAGAUGUUAGAGUUAUUGAAUAACCUGACACAUCUUUUUGGCAUUUGAAAUGAGAACUGCACUUAACUCUGUGUGAGCAUUCAAACUUUCAUGUGUCUAUCAUGGCUGUUACCAGUAAUUGAUGCAAAUUCAUUAUGACAUUUAAAUUAAUAAAAUCUAUAUUAUUCAUGCCAGAAUUUAAUAACAUUUUUGAACGUUUAUUGUGUUGUUUUUCAACUAUAGUAAUCUGAGUGCUAGGUAAAAUUCUAUGUUUUGGUUGUUAAUUGUUAAAAAUGGUGAAUAAAUUUGCUGGAUCUUUUAAAAUUUGUGUGGCCCAUGUUUUAAGAUAUUCUUGAUUCCUCAGAACCAAAUUUUUUCCCAUUUUUUAUGAAAUUAAUUGGACCCAUCAUUUUGUGAAAAAAAUGAAUCACUGACUGUAUAAAAUUGUGAUAAAAAUGAGGUGAGAACUGUUCAAAAUUGUAAAAAAUGAGUGGCAAACUUUUUAAAAGGGUGAUAAUUUGAGUCACAAACUUAAUAAAAUUGUAAAAUUUUGAGUCCAGAACUUCUUAAAUUUGUCAAAAUUUUGAGUCAUGAACUUAUCAAAUUUGUUUUUAAAUUAAUGGCCAUUCUUUAAGAAGAAAAAAAGCCCUGAGAACUGUCAUGAAUUAUCUAUCAAAUUGUUUGCUCUUAUGAUAUUCUGGCAACAAGUUCGUUUAAAUAUUGUUUGUUAUCAGAAGUGCUAUGUUUUAUGGCUUUUUUGGUCAGGUUCAUUGUUGUGAUAUUCGUAUGUAAGCAAAAUUUAGUGUGUGUUCAAAAACUUUCUACAAUGUUAAUGGUUCCUGCAUACAUUGUUUGUAAAGAACUUGGCAGUUAUAUUAAAUUAAUGAUUUCUGUUCUUGUUUUUCACCUAAUUGCUUUGCACAUUAAACAUUUGUUAAUAUGACUUUUGAAAGUGUCCAUAAUAAAUUUAAAGAUUU